UAAAGCGAAUGGUACACUACCAACAACUAAACGUAAAUGAAAACUGUAAGUGAGUGGUUGGCAACUUCUAGUGACGACGAUGAUGCUAUCGGGAAUAGCCACCUGAACGCGAAACCAUCUUCGCAAUCCAAAAAAGAGCAGUCUUCUUCACCUUCACAGGGUGAUCCGCCAUCAACGUUCACUCAAAAUGUAUUAUUGAAUGCAGCAUCGCCAAUUUCUACGGUCUCUUUGCCCAAAACUGAUAACAUUAGUACACAAGCUACAGCUCCCGAAGCUUUAGGCGAAGUUUCACAGGGGCCUCCACCGGGGUACCGUGCGGUGGAAGUCAUGGUAGUAGAUCGUGGUACGCAAACUAUGAGCACAGUUAGCACUCAAACGGAUCCUUUACCGCCACAUACGAACAAUUGGGGCACAAGAGAAUGUUUUAUGAAUCCAUGUGGGGUUCAUGCCCCUAAUGGGAUGCCUUUUGGAAACAGUCAAGGAAUAAAAGGUGCAGGAGUUACUGGAAAUCCUAUCUCAUCAAUCAUUAGCCAGCGUCCUUACUAUCAUUUACUACAGCAAGUCGAAGCGGAUCAAUCUCAUAGUAUCACUGAAUUGAAGCAUCAACUUGCACUCAUUCAGAAUACAGUAGACACACUUAUUAGUCGAUAUAACCUUCCACCACCUCCAUUUUCUCCAUUGUUAUAGAUUUUUCUCUUAUUCCUAUAUUUUGCUUUACUGAAUGUUUUCCACCUUGAAUCUUUACUUUAGAUCCAUAGGCUUUGUACCAUAGAAGUCAGAAGCUAUUUAUCUUAUGUUUUUAUAUACCCUUUCUUUUUUUA